UAUCCCGUCAAAGAUCAGAAUGCUUAAGCCGCUAACCCCAAUGAUGUUUCUUGUACAAGAUCUUUCUUGAUCUCUCUCUCUCAUUGCAGCCUUGCUGGGGACAGAGUGACUCAGAAGAGAGAGGUCACCUACCACACGAGAGUAGCGUGUAGCUUAACGCCUUAAACAAAUGCACAUCACUCCUGCCCCACUGGAACUAGAGGAAAAAUCUCCGACCUUCUCCUCAACCUUGGUGGGUAUCACUGAUCACUGACUGGCGAAGCCGUUUCAUGAAGAUUCUCACCCUGUGUUGUAAAAAUGGUGGUCACAGAGAAGUCUCAUGUUGUUGAUAUAGACAAUGGUCGUCGGCGUAGCAGCUCUGUCGGUGGCGGUGGCGAUGGAGGGCAUCCAGACACAGCCGACAGCGUAGAUAAGGAGCUAAAAUCCUCCCAUGAGGCAUCUGGUGCCGAGAUUGUGGGAGUGUUAGAAAAAGAGAAGGGAUCCCCCGCAUCGGAGUGUUCGGUGGAGGUAGAUUUGGGGAAUGUGGUGACUGAAACUAAGGCACAUUUGGGUGAGGUGAAGAGGGAUUGUAGGAUUUGCCAUCUUAGUAUGGAUAUGACCGAUCAUGAAUCUGGGAGCAUUGAGCUCGGAUGUUCUUGCAAGGACGAUUUGGUUGCUGCUCACAAGCAAUGUGCUGAGGCUUGGUUCAAGAUCAAGGGAAACAAAACCUGUGAAAUCUGUGGAUCAAUUGCACGCAAUGUAACUGGAGCUUUUGAAGUUGAAACAAUUGAACAGUGGAGCGAGUCAAAUGAUGCCACCUUGGCAGCCCCAAGUGGAGCUGCGUCCCAUGCUGAUAAUCGAAGUUUCUGGAGGGGCCACAGAUUCUUGAAUUUCCUACUAGCUUGCAUGGUCUUUGCCUUUGUCAUAUCUUGGCUUUUCCACUUCAAUGUACCUUCUUAAGAUCCUGCAACUUCUGGAUGAAGCAGAUAAGUUUAAGGCUUUGAGGGUUGACAGACCAGGAUAUGACCCUUAGGCCUUAACACAGGUAUCAUUCUCAUUAUCUGUGACUCAUCCAUACUUGAUUGGAGCUAUCUGUUAUAUAUACGUGAUGUGCAUAUCAGACCCCGCACGACUGAUUGUUGUUUAAUUUUUUACGUACUGUUGUUAAUCCUAUUUUUGGACAAUCUACAAGAGUACCUUGUACGGUUCCAAUCUAUGUUUCCCUGCUUGAAUGGCUGAAUCUAUAUAACGUUGUAAUCUUCUCGUUUUGCGUUCUGAUACGCUCACCAUGUAGAAAUUGCGUUCAAUGGCCAAGAUGGAACGUGCGAGAUAAAAGAUGUUUUUGGGCAAGACUGUAGUCAGUAUGUGUAUAAAUGAGUUAAAUGAAUCAUACUAGUUUUUGUUACUGGCAUCAA